AUGGCUGCUCCGUCCUUCAACAUCGACUCCUCCAAGCUGCAGAUCAUGGCCGAGCUGGAAAUAGAAAUGAUGGCCGACAUGUACAACCGAAUGACGCGCGCCUGCCAGCGCAAGUGCAUUCCCAAGAAGUACAAGGACGCUGAACUGUCCAAGGGCGAAUCGGUCUGCAUUGACCGGUGUGUAGCCAAGUACCUAGACGUUCACGAGAACAUUGGCAAGAAGUUGACGACACUCUCCAAGGCGGACGAGGAGACGGCCAAGAAGAUGCAGGAGCAACAGGAGGCAGCAAUGAAGGCAGCCGCCAAAUGA